CUUGAGUUUCGACCUAGUCUGCAACACCGCAGGCUAGCAAACUGAGCCGCCUGUUCGGUUUGGACUCGAUCGACGCCCAGGUCAACCCCCAACCCUGGAGAAGCAUUCAGGUACACUAAGGCCGUCUCCAUUUUCUGAUGAUACUAUCCUGAAGAGAUUCAUGGCGUAUACGAAGUGGAUGCCUAUCAACUCUUCAUGACGCCUGAAGCGUGUUUGGGUGUACACCUCUUGAUUACGAUCACCACUGCUGAGCAGCAUGCCCGAGUUUUAAGCUCGUGGAGGAUGGGGGGUUGUGUCCGAGGGAAGUGCUGCGAGACUGACUCACUCAAGGCGAUGAUUGAAACCAGACUUCGCUCCGUGCCUCCCUCACGAUGGGCAGUGCAAGGAGAAGUGCGAGCUGCCAAUGUCCUGCUGAAGAUAUGCAGUUUCUCAUGGGUGUAUCACCGGAGCUACUCCAGUCGGCUGUCCAGUGGGCUGGAGGAUCCACAUCUCCUAAACCUUGGCCAUGGGAAGUGCGGAUGUGGUGCAAGGAUGGUUUCUAUACAGCAUCACAAGCCCAGGCUCCUUGCAUUUCAGACAAAUCAGUUAGAACAUGUUUGGAACAUGUCAGUUGAGAGUAUCAUCAUACGGUGCCACUGUGCUACCUCAGUCUGGUCGAUUCCCAAGAUUACAGCAACUUAUUGGCUUUGUUCUUCCCCUACUAUCUUCUGCAACCAAGCUUCUCUCUUCCUUUAAUCGGUUUAUCUUAGAAAAGGCAGGGAACUAUUUGUGUGCACAAAUUGCACGACCAAACUCAAGCCACUCAGUGGCUAACUUCAUCGAACAUGAACGCCGUCGCUUCUUGCAGGUUUUAUGUUUGAAACUCCGCAUCCAAGAUGGCCUUGUAUGCACUGGUACCUUUGACACCCUCUAAUGCCAUCUGAAUCCUGCCUGUUGGUCUUCUCAAAUCACUUGAUUUGGGUGUGGAAUCAGCCACAACCUGUCUAAGUCACCGCCACGCACUGCCACAUUAGAGUACAGUGCAUGUUACAGUGUAUAAAUA